AUGUCUAGAGAUAGAAGGCAUUCGAGGUGUUAUUUGGAGCUGGGAGUUGCUGAUCUGAAGCUUCCAAUUUCCAAAGAAGGCAAAGUGUGGCUGCUGCCGAACACGGUCAAUCAGUCGUGUGCGAAGCAUGUGGAGUUUUCUACGGCUGCCAUUCGGUAUCGUUGGGUGCCUUGA